AUGGUCAAGUUAAUUAAACCUGCGAUGAAGUUCUCACGCCGUCCCGCUUCUUCCGCUGACUACACUCGUCUUGUGCUUCACUGUGCUCAAUCCAAUGACUUCAAUCAAGCCAAGAGAUUACAGUCUCACAUGGAACUUCAACUUUUUCAACCCACAGAUUCCUUCAUCCAUAACCAACUUCUUCAUAUAUAUGCCAAAUGUGGAAAACUCUCAGAUGCUCAACAUCUGUUUGAUAAAAUGCCGAAGAGGGAUAUUUAUUCUUGGAAUGCAUUGCUUUCUGUUUAUUCUAAGGUGGGGUUGGUUGAGGAUUUGAAUGCAGUAUUUGAUCAAAUGCCGUAUCGGGAUUCUGUUUCAUAUAACACGUUGAUUGCUUGUUUUGCAAAUAAUCGGCUUUCGAGUAAAGCAUUGAGUUUUUUUGUGAGGAUGCAAGAAGAUGGGUUUCAGCCUACUCAGUACUCUAUUGUGAACGCGUUGCAAGCGUGUUCUCAGCUCUUUAAUUUAAGGCUUGGAAAACAGGUUCAUGGGAGAGUUGUUGCUGGUGAGUUUGAGAAAAAUACUUUUGUUUGGAAUGCGGUGACUGAUUUGUAUGCUAAGUGUGGCGAUAUUGAUAGGGCACGCUGGUUGUUUGAUGGAAUGAUUAAAAAAAAUGUUGUUUCGUGGAAUCUUAUGAUCUCUGGGUAUGUGAAAAUGGGAAACCCUGAUGAGUGCAUUCAUUUGUUCGAUAAGAUGCGAUUAUCUGGUUUGAAAUCUGACCAAGUUACGGUUUCUAAUGUUCUGAAUGCCUACUUCCAAUCUGGACGUGUAGAUGAUGCGAGGAAUUUGUUUAGUAAAAUAGCCAAAAAGGAUGAGAUUUGUUGGACUACCAUGAUAGUCGGUUAUGUACAAAGUGGAAGAGAGGACAGUGCUUUGAUGUUAUUUAGUGACAUGCUUCGUGCAAAUGUUAGACCUGACAGCCACACCUUUUCUAGUGUUGUAAGCUCUUGUGCCAAGUUAGCAUCAUUGUGUCAUGGUCAGGUUAUCCAUGGAAAAGUUAUUCUUAUAGGUGUUGAUAGUAACAUGCUUGUAUCGAGUGCACUUGUUGAUAUGUAUUUCAAGUGUGGAGUCCCUUUGGAUGCUCGGCUACUUUUCGAAACAAUGCCUAUUAGGAAUGUGAUCACUUGGAAUUCCGUGAUUUUGGGUUAUGCACGAAAUGGACAGGCUCAGGAGGCCUUGGCUCUGUAUGAAAGAAUGUUGCAAGAAAAUUUCAGACCCGACAAUAUUAGUUUUGUGGGUGUCUUGUCUGCGUGUAUCAAUGCUGAUAUGGUUAAAGAAGGACAUAAGUAUUUCAACUCAAUCAGUGAACACGGAAUGACGCCCUCAUUGGAUCACUAUGCAUGUAUGAUUACUCUCCUCGGUCGAUCGGAUAAUGUUGACAAAGCGGUGGAUUUAAUUAAAGCUAUGCCUCACAAACCAGAUUACCAGAUUUGGUCUGCUUUACUAUCUGUUUGUUCCAAGGGCGACAUAGAGACUGCAGAGCUUGCGGCUAAUUAUCUCUUUCAAUUGGAUCCACAUAAUGCUGGACCUUAUAUUAUGCUUUCCAACUUGUAUGCCGCAUGUGGGAGAUGGAAAGAUGUAGCAGUUGUAAGGUCUCUUAUGAAAAACAACAAUGCAAAGAAGUUUGCUGCAUACAGUUGGGUCGAGGAUGGGAAUGAAGUCCACCGAUUUGUUUCUGAUGAUCACAAUCACCCAGAAAUGGAAAGAAUCUAUACUGAGUUGAACAGAUUGGUCGUAAAAUUGCAACAAAUUGGAUAUAAUCCAGAUACGGGCAUUGUUCUACAUAACGUGGGAGAGGAAGAAAAAUUGAGAUCCAUCUCCCACCACAGUGAGAAACUUGCUCUUGCGUUUUCUUUGACUAAAAAUCCUAAUGGAGUUUCACCGAUUCGGAUCAUGAAGAACAUACGUAUCUGUGAUGACUGUCAUGUAUUUUUGAAACUUGCUUCAAUUGCUAUAGCUCGGCCUAUCAUUGUAAGAGAUUCAAGCAGGUUUCAUCAUUUCAUUGGUGGAAAGUGCUCUUGCAAGGACCAUUGGUAA